CUUGACGAGCGCAAGUGUCCAGUUCAGCGCGAUAGAGCCAACGACGCGAAGCGAACACUUUCAACACUGUUUGCUGGAAGCUGAUUUUUGUACUAUUUCUUUGGUUUGGUUUGUUUUUUGAACCUUUUUUGCGAAAAUUUUUGCUUUUUACUUAGUGGCUAACAGUGGUAAAAAGACACCAUAAAUAGAUAUUGUUCAGGACUGUUCAGUGAAACGGGAAGUAGUAAGUGUCACUCCAACAGACGAUCGCAAAUGAUCGUAAACCGAUCAUAUUAUCCGCAAGGAGCGCAAUCGAACAGAACAGGUUAGGAAAGGCGGGUUCAAAUUUAACGACUAAAUAAUCAGUUGCAAAAGACAAUAAAAAAGUGAAAUUGAGUGAGUGUGCAACUAUCCACGGCACGAUGAAGACGGUCGUACCCUUGGGCCUGGUGGUGCUGCUAGGCCUGCUGCAGGCGCAGCCGACGCACAGUGCACCGUUCAAUCUGCGCGACCCGGUCGAGGAGGGCCUGGCCAUGGCGGAGUCGAAGAUGAUCGAUUUCGAAAACCUGACCGAAAGCGAGCGGCUCUCGUUCCUGCGGGAGAACAUCAACAUAACCGCGCUCAAGAUACAGCAGCGGGUGCUGCGGGAGAAGCAGAACCUGAACCGGACGAGCGGACCGCUGGCCAUCACCCAGAGCACCACCGAUCGGAACAUUUCGGAUCGUGUAAAAACGCGAAAAGAAUACGCCGAACACAUCAUCGGUAACAUCAAGCACAACAUCGAGACGAACCUGAUGCGCAACGACACCGGGCAUAUGGGGGCGGCGACGCACGAGAUGGCCUUUUCCGCCGUGUGCGACAUGCCGAAAAACACCAACGCGAGCCAGUGGAACAGCGACAACACCUGGAAUCUGUACUUCCGUCUGCCUCACAAUAAGCAGUAUAAUUCUGUCAGCUCGGCUGUACUAAGACUUUACAUGCACGGUGCCAACUCGACUGGUUCGCGCGAGUCGGACAACUGCAAGAACCCGUCGGAGCAGAUGAUUCGCAUCACGACCUCGGUCUACUUCCGCAAGAACCGCAAAGAUAAUGCCGGCCAGGAGCGCAAGAAGAUCUGCAGCUGCAUCACGAUCACCCGAUCGUACCGGGGCUGGAUCACGUUGGACACGCUGCUCGCGGUGAAGGCGUGGGACAAACCGAACCGCAACCUGCUCAUCGCGAUCGACGUCGAGGAUCAGGACGAUCGGCCGAUGCGGGCGGCCGAUUUCUUCCGGCCGGCCGACUGCACGGAGGCAAGUAAACAACACAACGCAGCCGUUCUUCCAUGGACCUAUCUCCGAAGCACAUAUGCAGGGUCCGCUCAUGAAAUGGACAAUGUGCCACACAACCCGCGACUAGACCUAAUGUUCCAGAAGCGCAUGCAUCACAAUCAUCGGCCGUACCGCAACAAGCACCACUACAAGGGCUACUACCUGGCGAACGAUUCUACCGGCAGCGCGACCGGCAACUCGUACGAGCACGAUGGCACCGACUCGAAGUGUCCCCGGUUUGUGGGCGAAGACGCCAGUCCACCAGCGCAGCAAACCCACCACGACCAUCAACACCAGGCCACCAAGCACAACGGCCAGCGUCCGAACCCACUGUACUACUUGUUUAAGGAGCUGCAUGGUCACCAGCAUCAGCAGCAGCAGCACGUCGUCGUACAGCACCCGGUGGUGGUAAGCCGGGCGCAGAUGAAGCGACGCCAUCUGAACCAUCGCGCCCGGGACGCUCCAGUUGCUGGAAGUGAUGGCAGUGAUGAGAGCCGGUCGGUGUCCUCCGCCUCGGUGCUGUCAAGCGAGGAACGCAACCUAUGAUGUGGUAGUGCUGGAGCGAUGGAGCAAUACAUCAACAACAAUUAGACAUGUAAGAGGAGAUUCGGGCAUCGGUAACAUAAUGUUGAUGCUCGGUGUACGAUCGAGCUAGGGUAGUAGGUACUGGUCCGUACCGUUUCCGUAACAUGCGCUUCCUUUCUUUAAGUUCCUUUUUUUAUUUCCCCUUGUUCCUGAGCUGAGUUUCUUCGUUUAAGGUAUAGGUCGUUUCACGCACCGGAGAGUGUGACUCCGAAUGCGACGCCAAACUGUAGAGUUCCUGUGCUUCUUAGUGCUGUACUUAAGUUUGAUUGAUGUACGUGUAGGUGUAUAUGCGAUGUGCUGAGGGGAGAGUUAAGCCGAUACACAGGUAGUUAAGUUAGAUGCGCAAUCCUGCGUGUGCAAGUUGUGUAAUGUGGUGUGAGAACACACACACACACACACACACACACCGAUUAAUUCAUUCACUUUGAAAAUGGUUAAGCUUUAUACAUAGGCAAGGUAGGUUAAAAGGGACGAUAGGGCGAUCAGCGAUCACGCUGAGAGCUGAACAGUGCGACACUAAAAUCCCAGAGCCCGAUCGAAACGAUCGUAACAGAGGAUGCAGAGUAUCAGAACAGAACAAAAAACAAUGUAUGUAAAUAUUCAUUUCUCACGCUCUCCUUGCUGAGAUGCCCCGCUUUGUGUCACACUGUGUGUGAGAUAACGGUGAGGGAGGAUAGGAUGGAGCGUGUGUUUGCUACGUUCGCGCUAUCAUUGUAUCUAGACGAUAUUAUUUAUUACCGUUUUUGUCACAACAUUUGCCUCCCUUUAGAAGGGAUGCAGUUUACUUUCGUUCCCUUGUUCUUAAGCUGGGAAGUUUUCCCCUCUAUUCCCGUGCUUUUGCUUCGCUUGCUCACACUGAAACGCUAAAGCAACUCUGCUGCGGAUGCUGCGCUGAAACCAGAUUGUAAAUACCUAGGGAAGCGAAUAUACGUUUACUGUUUCUCGUGUCUGCUGUGAGCAGAAUAGUGUAGCUAGUUGUAAGAAGUGAAACAUAGCAGUGGUUCUUUUACUCCCCGGUUUGAUCGGUACGCACAGACGUCACACAGUUCUGUUUGGUGGUUACUGUUGCUAGCAAAAGGAGCGAUACAGGAUAUGUAAGCCGUACACAAAACGGGCGUUAAAUAGUAAAAAUUAAUGUGUAGUGCUGUAAUGUAAUGUAAUUGCUAGUUAAGAUAUAAACGAUAUCAAUAAAAUUGCUUCACGAAAUGCA